AUGACUGAUAGUAAAGCACCAACCCCCUCGGAUGAUCACAUUCCUCAAGUAUCACAUAUUGCAUUAAAGCUUCCUCCAUUCUGGUCUGGUCGUGUGGUUGCAUGGUUUGCGCAGGCUGAGGCAAAUUUUGAAAUUUCAGAAUGUUUCCUAGAUAGAACUUUUCCUAGACUAACGAGGGCGCCUGACUCUGUCAGUACGAAGCCCACUGCUGCACCAGCUGCUACACCCCAACCCGCGCCUUCACCCUUACCAGCGGCGCCUAUCAGGACCAGAUCAGGACGCAGGGUCCGUUUUAAGCAAGUAUUAGAUUUA